GGGAGAGUCGGCGGGUCGGGCCUGGCUGGGCCGAAUAAAGCCAUGGGUUGCUUUGAGGGAAUCUCUCUUGGGCCAGUCAUUCUGUGUUUACAUAAUGAGUUCUUCCGGUUUAUAGGUUUGCUCCGGCCGCCACGGCCCCUUGUUUGCCCCGGGUCGGCGCGAGAUUUUGUUUCGGUUCUUUUCAGUGACAGGGUGGCUGCUCGGAUCGUAGCGGCUCUUCUUUCUGACCCUAAUCCUCGUGUUGACCUGGGUGGUUGGAGUUUUUGGUUCGGCUUUAUAGGUUGGAGCUUGGCCAAACCCGAGCCAUCCGGCCUGAUCCCGCACCGGACGGCUAUUUCUCUUGUCUGCAGCCGGUGUGUUUUUGCGCUCUCUAGCUCUCCGAAGUCCUCUCCCUCUCUCCCUUCUUCAGCUUCCUGACCUUUCUCGUUCCCCCUCACUGGGCACCUUGUCCUGAGGCGGCUGGAGAUGGAGUACUGUUUCCCUUCACUAAAGCUUUUCGUCUCCACCCUUUGACCAAGUUUUUAUUCCUCAUGGCCUCGCUUCACCGAGUCAAAACCAAUUACUUGAAAGCUAAAGAAAUAUAGAUCAGCUGAAAAUAUCUGGUGGGCCGGACAACGCAUGUGGAGAAACGACCCAACAUUGUCUACAGUGACCUUUCAGAAUGGAAAAGUUUAAGAUUUAUAAGUCAUUGAAACUGAUGAUUGUGCGUUUAGUAUAAUCGCGUUGCUUCUGUGUAUGUUCCGCUUGGAGUUGAGAAGGCAGAGAUGAGAUUUGAUUGAGGUGUUUAAGAUCGUAAUAGUUUGAUCAGAUUGAGUAAAAGCUGCGAUUCUUUGGUUCAAAUGCGAGGAAACAAAUCCCAAGAGGAAGGUAAAGAAUUUUAACUAAUUGCGAAGAGCUGUUAUUUAUUACUGGAGCUUGGUUAGGACGUGGAACUUGUUGCAUGUGAAAAUGGUGGAAGUAGAGUCGAUAGGGGUAUUAAAAGGAAGUUGAAGAGUUGAAAAAUGUCGUAGAAAAGCUAGGGGACAUGUCACAAAAAAUUGGAACAGACUAAUUGAUUCAAUGGACCAUCUCGUGUUCUAUUAAUCAUUCUGUUUUCUGGGGUCCAGGUUCAUACUUUAAACAACUUGUUAAUCUUUUUUUUAAAAAAAAAUUCCGUAAUAUCUAUUAAAACAAUUUUGUUAAAUUAUUUGAACUGUUUUCAACCUGGCUUCUUUCUGAAUUCAUUCUCUUUCCAAUGAUGUUAGAGAUAUUGCCCACCUCUAACAUUGCUGACAUGAUUCAUGGUCCUUUAGUUUCAACAUAUCUGACAUGUUCUAAUUUCACCAAAUGGCACAUAAUCUUUGCCACUAUUCCAGCAAUUGGAUGAGAAAUUCACCCUCCUUCAAUUUGUUGCUUUUUUAACCAAUUAAGUUUUAAUUGUCUACUCUUUUUUGCUUGGGCCCCUGAUUUUAUUAACAAUACUGAAAUAUCUGUAAUAUCCAUUGCAACACACACAAAAGGUUAGAGGAACUCGGCAAGCCAGGUAGCAUCUAUGGAAAAGAGUAAACCUUCGUUUCGGGCUGAGACGCUUCAUCCAUUCUGAAGCAUCUCUGCCCAAAACAUCAACUGUUCACUUUUUUCCAUAGCUGCUGAGUUCCUCCAGCAUUUUAUGUGUUAUUUGGAUUUCCAGCUUCUGCAGAUUUUCUCAUUAGCCAUAUCCAUUGCAUUUGUUUUAAUUGCGUAAUUGUUAUUCAUAGACUCAAAACACUUAACCAGUUAUUUAUGCUGGUUCUUCAAGCACUUGCCUCUGUCAUGCAUGGGAGAAUAAUCCUCAAUUUCUUUUGGUAACUAUAUACUUGCCACCCUCUGCUUUUCCCGUUUUAAUAUAAUCUCUCUCAUAGCUGGUGCCUCAAACUAACAAUGUUCCAAAUGGAGCCUCACUUAAUGUCCUUUACAACUACAACAUCACCUCACAACUUCUAAUAAAGUCAGCAUGCCAAAGCCACCUUCACUGCCAUGUCUACCUGUGACUGCACUUUCGGAGAACUGUGUGCCAGAACUGCAAGCCCCUUCUGUUUUGCAACACUCCCCAGAGCCUUGCUAUUCAUAGUGAAAGUCUUACCUUGAUAUGACUUUCCAAAAUGCAACAUGUCUCACUUACCUCAGCUAAUCUUCUUUCUUUUCUUUUUCAAUCUUUUUAUUAAAUUUCAUAUAUAAAAAAAAACCACAUAAUAAUGAAUAGAUUACAGAUUCAAUAAACUUGAGAUUACAUUAGUAAUAGGAUAAUAAUAUCCUAUUAAAACAUCCAUCAACAAAAGGUACAUAAAUCAAUCAAGUCUAUAUAAAUAUAUAUGAAAAAAAAACAAAAAUAAUCAUCAAAAAAAGAAAAAAAAAUUGAGAUUAUAUAUGAAAAAAAAUAUAUAUUGAAAAAAAAAUACUAAACUAUAACUAACAUGGGCAAUAAUAGUACUUUAUAAAUAUAUGAAGGUGUCAAGAAAAGAACUCCGGAACUCCAUAGCUAAUCUUCAUUAGCCAUACCAUUGUCCUACCCAACUGAUCAAGUUUCUGUCAUCAUUCUUAUUGACUAUCCCAUGAUUUGAGUAAUAUGAAUAAAUGUCUCAAAAAUCUUCAGUAAUUUUCCUUAUAAUUCCUGGUUUGUUCAUGUUGUCUCCAUUCAGUGGAAUAACAUGCAAAGAGCAGAAGACUGGAGAAUAGACAACAAUCUCUGUUAAGGGGAAGGUAAUCUCUGCCAUCAUAAUGUCAAUGUAUCCCUGAGUAUGAAUGAUCCUCUCCUAAUCUUUCCAUCGUCCAUGUCCUUGGUGAAUACUGAUGCAAAGUAUUCAUUGAAGACUUGCUCACUUCCUCUGACUGCAUACAUAAAUUUCAUCAUUGUCUUUGAGUAACGUUGCACUUUCCCUAAUGAGUCACACUCCUGAUUUUGGGGUUCAGCAUAAUCCUGCUUGCCUUUUUUGGCCCUCCUUUAUGUGGCUCAUCCCUUUUCCUGCCUGGCUAUUAAAUUAGCUGAUUAUGCUGUCACUAUAGACAUGAGGGUAUAUUUCGGCAUCUAAACCCCAAUGAGGUCUAUCAUUCCUGUAAACUCCAGGGCAUAUCAGUAAUUUUACUGUAGGUUCUUGUGGCAGCUACUUCAUCUGAAGAGACAAUUUUUGAAAUUUGCAAGAAAAACAAAUUGGUGGAAAAAUUAAUUAUGUUGGGUAGCUGUCUUCGACCUGGAAGUUUAUUACUCUUUCCCCAAUCUUGACCUCCUGAUGUAUCAUCCUUGCAGAAACGUGCUGACCUCUAAUCAGCUGAUUUAAAAGUGUGAGGUUUUCCCUCAAGCAGCACCCCCAUUUUCCUUUCUCCAUUUCCUGCAUAAUUUUGUAAUUAGCCUUCCUGCAAUUUAGCGCUUGCAUCUGCUUAUCCAUAACCAUCCUAAAAUUUACAGAAUUUUACUUGCUGAUUUGACUAAUCUCCCAUUGAAACAUUAAUCACAUGGCCAGACUCAUUCUCCAUCAUAAAUUAUUGUAUCCAUCUCAAGUUGGACUUUCUGCUGUUUCAAGUAAUCCUCCCAGAUGCAUCAAACAAAUUCUGGCCCAUUGCAGCCCCUAGCACUAAGGGAGUCCUUGUCAAUAUUGCAGAAGUUAAUAUUGCUCUCUGCAAGAACCUUAUUGUUUUUGCCUCCUUCUAGGAUCAGCCUGCAUGUUUGUUCUUGUUGCUCUUUCUGGCUAUUGAGAGGACUAUGUUAUAACUAUUGUAGUGGUGGCACCUUAUUCCCAAUUUUUAUCGGUAUGCUUUUGUUAUAUGAACUCUCGCAGAUGUUUUCUCUCUGCUCGUGGUGAUCUACCUGAUCAGUUCAUGCAAUUCUCUCACUAUCUUUCUCUGUCACAUCUGAAAGGUUUGUACCCUGGAUCACUGAGUUGUCAUUCUGUCCUUAACCACAUUUCUGCAUUGGCAUUCUGCAUUAUUGAUCCAUGUCCUAAUGCAAGCUCUAAACUCAUUUGUCUAUACGCUUUAGACCAUCAUCCCUGUUGUGUCCAUUGACCUGCAUUUUUUCGUUUUUGUUAUUAAGCUUAAUUGACUUAACCUCUACCUUGUCAAUCACAUCACCUGUUCCUCUGGUUCCAACUCUCUCUCACUCUUGUUCAAACCUUCCUGAGUAGUAUUAGCAAAGCUGCUCCCUUGGAGUGUCAGACACCCUGAGCCAAUAGGCUGGUCCUGGACUGAUUUCCACUUGGCAUGAUUAACUUAUUAUUAUUUAAUUAUUUAUGGCUUUAUAUUGCUAUAUUUCUUCACUAUCCUUGGUUGGUGUGGCUGUAAUGAAACCCAAUUUCCCUCGGCAUCAACAAAGUAUGUCUGCCUGCUGGCACGGAUUUAGAGUAAGGGGUAAGAAAUAUAGAGAAGAUUUGAUGGGAGCUAUUUGGAAUACACUGUAGUAUAGUACAGUGUAGUAGAAGCAGAAUCAGUGAGGACAUUACUUAUCUAGGGAUGAGCACUUGAAUUGCCUAGACCAGUGGUCCCCAACCACCAGUCCGCGGUGCAGUGGUUGGGGACCACUGACCUAGACAGAAGGGUGCAGGUGAGGACAUGAAAAUGGGGUUCGUAUAGGGAUAUGUGCUUUCCGGUUGAUAUGGAUUGGUGGGCUGAAUGGCUGUGUUUCUAUGCUCUUUGAAACUGGCAUGUGGAAUUGAAGGUGACGUUGCUAAUAAGACCUAAAACUGGCUUGAUGAUAGGUAGAAAGCUUGAUGUUGGUGGAAGCUUGCUUUUCUAUUAGGAGUACGAACCAGUGGUGUACUACAAGGAUCUUCGCUGGAGCCCUUGUUUGUAAUUGUUUAUUCACAACUUGGAUGCCAGUGUUGAAGUUGAAAAUAGCUGACAAUUCUGCUUGAGAUUAUCUAGUGGUUUCAGUUGGAGACUGUUGGAAUGAUGGCAGCUGAUUCAAAGGGAAAGAGAAGGGGUUCAAGACAACCAAAAUGUGCUUUCUGUAAACUGAAUAAAGAGGAACAUUGUGGCCAGUUAUUAGUUGCUCAAAGCCAGAAGAUGGCAGCACAUCACAGAUGUAUGUUAUUUUCAUCUGCACUGGUGACUACACAUUCUGAGAAUGAGACUCUUGGAGGCUUCUUGCUUGAUGAUAUUAAGAAGGAAAUAAAAAGAGGCAAUAAACUGAGCUGCUCUUGUUGUCACCGCCCAGGAGCAACAAUUGGAUGUGAUGUAAAAACUUGUCGUCGAACUUACCAUUACUAUUGUGCAAAACUUGACAAAGCUCAAAUAAAGGAAGAUCCAUCUCAGGGGAUAUAUUUGAUUCUCUGUCAAAAACACAAAGAAGGUGCAGAGGAUUCGAGUGAGGAUGGUCUCCCAGGAAACAUGACAGUGUGUCCUACAAGUCAUCGUAGAGGUGUUCGAGGAGGACAAAGAGGAAGGCGACGAGUUCCUAACUGGAAAGAUGAGUCAGAUGAUGCCAUGUCUACAUCAUCCCAAGGAAAAGAUGAAACUAGUUGCAGUUCCUAUAGGGAACGAUCUCCUCACUGCAGCAGUCCCACAGUUACAGGGCCAAAGUGUGGAUUCUGCCAUGCUGGAGAUGAGGAAAAUGAGACCAGAGGAAAGCUGCACACUUCAAAUGCUAAAAAGGUUGCCGCACAUUACAAAUGCAUGCUAUUUUCUUCUGGUACUGUUCAGCUUACAACUUCAUCUAGGAAAGAUUUUGGUGAUUUUGAUAUCAAAACAGUCAUUCAAGAAAUCAAGAGGGGCAAAAGAAUGAAAUGUACACUAUGCAGUCAAAUCGGUGCAACUAUUGGCUGUGAAAUCAAAGCUUGCAUCAAAACUUACCAUUACCACUGUGCAGUUGAAGAUCGAGCCAAAUUCAUUGAGAACCUUGACAGAGGGAUCUACAGGCUUUACUGUAAAAAUCACAGUGGAAAUGAUGAGCGAGAUGAGGAGGAUGAAGAAAGAGAAAGUGUCUCACGUUGUGCAAGGGAGCAAGAAGCUGAUGAUCGAGAGGUCUUAGAAGAGGUAUAGAAAAAUGCAUUCAAAUUCCUUCUGAUUAAAUGGAUGCCUGAAUCUCUAGAGAAAAACUAAAAAAGGAGCCUUGGAUACAGAAACGUGCCAAGAAAAUGCCUAUGAACUGAGUGGAAGUGGCUGGUAUAUUGUGUUUAAACUGCUCAUGGGCUUGUGAGGACCUUUAAAAAAAAUCCAAAGAUCGUUUAAGAACGUAUUUUAUUCUGGCAAUACUCCUCAUUCUGAGGGGAAAUAUAGUGAAAUCGCCUAGCUAAUAUACCUGCUUUUUUUCUGGAAUGUUCCAGAAGUGGAUUAUUAGACUAUUUCUAUUACAUCCUUCUGAAUUUGUUUUAGUGAAAUGAACUAUAUGGGACAUGUUGCCUUGCCUGUACUCAGCAUAAUGAAGACUGUAAGAGGGAACAUGUAUAUGUGUUUUUGAUACUUCUGGAGUUUGAGUUUGAAAUGAAAAUCUCCAGCCCAGGACUGGAAUCGAACGUUUGCAGCACCAAUAUCUUAUUUAGCACUCAGUGGUUUUCACGUUUGUAGUUCUAAACAAUAAGCAUUUACAGCUUUAAUGCAGCUGCUAACAGUCAUUCAUCUGUUUAGUGAAAUGGUCCAAAUGUCAGUACUGUCAAAGCUAGGUAUCAGGCUGUGGAUCCGACCACUUCUUCACACAGCUGUGAAUUGACAGCAUCUCCUGAGGUUGGAUUGGUAAAAUUCAAGUGUUUGUGGACCUAGUUCUCAUGUGCUAUCUGGCAAUAACUGAUUAAAAAGAACAGAGGAGACAAAGAAUAGACAAGACAGUUUCCAGGUUUUGGUAUCUCCAAUUUAGAAGCACGAAAUUGAUCCAGUUUUUAUUGGGCAGAGUAUAAUAAACCUUCAGAAGUUAUUGACUAAAUUUGCAGUCUCAUCAUCCACAGAAGUCUAAUUAGUCAUUACAACUGGCCUAAUCUCAGUGAAUGGCAUUGAUGAAAUCAUGUUUUAGAUUAGAUGUUGAAAUCAGUGUUGUAUUUUGCUGCAAAUUUGAAGAUGAUUUUGACUAUUAAACAGCAUUUGUUAGGUGUAUGAAUUCCAUGUUGGGUUUCUUUCUGUAUUUGUGAUUUUCCUUAAAAUUAAGUUGUAUAAACUGUAAAAGUUAAGACUUCAAAUUAAAAACAAUGUUAGACAAUUAGUUUACUUCUGAUUAGAAAGCAGUGCUAGUUCUGCCUUGGUUUUUUUUUUACCAAUACAUCACCUAUAUUGAUGUUAGAAGUGGAAGCAAGACAAUUUGAGGAUAAGUUAGUAUUGGUGGUGGAUACACUGCACCAGACUCUGUUUCAGUCUUUUUAUGGUAGGUGGUUAGGUGUUAAACAAAAUAAUAUUUUUAAAAUAUAUAUAUUAUAUCUGUCCUCAGUAUUUAAAGGUAUCUGAUUUCUGAUGUCCCUCAUUUUCAAGUGUUCUAUAUGUUCAGAUGAAUGUUUUACAUGUUAAUUUUACCAGCAACUGUAAUUUUUGACCAUAUAUUGUUGGUCAAAAUGAAUUGUGCUUCUGGUAAACGCUUUAAUUUUCUGUAGCUUGCUUGUGCUAAUGUUAGCAAACACUUACCUGUGAUUUUAAUUUUCUUUUAAGCUUUCAUUUUUAGAAGCUUAUAAAAUAUUCCAUGGUUUUCUUUGCCAGAACAGUUGGAGGCUAUUACUUUUUGACAAGCACACAAUGGCUGGGAUAAGCUUGGUAUAAUUUUAAAUGCUGCAAUGGCAGCAAUGUACUAAGUUCAAACUUCUAGUGCAUACUUUACAAAGUCAAAUGAUUGUAAUAGUGCUGUAUUGGAAGCUUCCCUCUGUAUCGUACAGGGGUGGUGGUAUUGGUGACAAAGAUUAACAACAAAAUUCCACAUUGCCGGCACAUUCAUUGCAUAUUCAUUUCAUGGAACAGAGCAGAUUAAAUCUUUGGACUCUGAGCAAAUCUCUUUAUUUUCUGUAUUUUCCUCCCAGUUGGUACUAUGGGCCAAAUUGGUCAGUGGUCCUGUGUAACAGGCAACUCCAGAAAUGACUGUAGUUUGAGCAUGAUAAUAUUUCCUUUGGAUCAGCAGAAUAACAGCACUUUGGUCUUGCAGUAAAUGUGGCUGUUCCUUGUCACAUCUCACUCACUCUAAUCCCUGAAGGGUCAUCUCAGCAGGUUUAUUAUCAUUGACUUAGCUGACAUGAAAUCCAUAUUGAAGCAGUAGUACAAUAUUUAAACUCAGCAAUGAGCAACCAUAUUUAUAAAGACAUAAAAUUACCUUAAAUAGUGCAAAAAAGAAAAGAAUAAUGAGUUAGCAUGCAUGGACCAUUCAGAAAUCUGAUGGAGGGGAGAAGCUGUUAAUGUGGAAUAUAGAACAGUACAGCACAGGAAAGGGCCCUUCAGUCCAUGCUGUAAUGCUGAACCAAUUAAAUUAUAAUGGCCAACUAAACUAAUUUCUUUUCUUUACACUAUGUCCAUAUCCUUGUGUUUCCUUCACAUUCAUUUGUCUAUUUAAAUAUCUCUUCAAAGUCCCAAAUGUACCUGCCUCUACCACCACCCCAGGCAGCACAUUCCAGACACCCACCACUCUGUGUAUUUAUAUAUAAAAAAACAGCUUGUCCCUCACAUCUUCUUUGAAAAUACUCCUCACCUUAAAUGUAUGCCCUCUGGUAUUAGAUACUUGGAAAAAGAUAUUGUUUAUCUACUGUAUCUAUGCCUCUUGUAAUGUUAAAAAACCUCUACUAGAUACCCUUCCCUUGGACAACAUUGGUGGCGUGGAGCAGGGAGACUUUCAGCUUGGGCAACUGCCAGUCUUCCGUAUUUAAAAAAAACCUUGCCCAGGCUUGCGCCCUGGAAACUUUCCAAAUCCAUGGUCUAUUGAGACUAAUGGAGGCCUACACUAGAUAGCCCCUGAGCCUCCACUGCUUCAGAGUAAACAACCUAAGUUGGUCCAACCUUGUCAUAGGACAUGCCCUCUAAUCCAGACAACAUCCUGAUAAAUCUCUUCUGUAUCCUCUCCAAAGCUUUGAUAGCCUUUUGAGAAUGGAGUGACUAAUAGUAUGCAAUACUCCAGAUGUGGCCCAACUAGAGUUUUAUAAAGCUGCAACAUUAUUUCCAGACUUAUGAACUCAAUGCCUCAACUGAUGAAAGCAAACACUGUUGAGGGUUUUGCAUUUAACAGUGUAAUGUCGCUUUACAUUUGACCUACCAAAGUGCAACACUUCAUAUUUGGCUGGGUUAAACUAAAUCUGUCAGUAUCCACAGCUCCAGUAAUCUUCAUACCAUCUGCAAAUUUACUAAUCCACCCAUCUACAUUUUCAUGCAGGUUACUUAUAUACAUCACAAACAGCAGAGGUGUCAGUACAGAUCCAUGUGGAACACCACUAAUCACAGACAUCCAGACAACUGCCCUGUCGUCAAUGGGCAAGUUAAUUCUGAAUUCAAUUGGCCAAUUCACCUUGGAUCCCAUGCAUCUUAAUCUUCUGGAUGAGCCUCCCAUGAGGGAACUUGUCAAGCACCUUCCUGAAAUCCAUGUGGACAAUAUCCACAGUUUUGUCUUUGUUAAUAACCCUCAUUAGCUUGUCAAAAAAUCAAUAUUAAGUAAGACGUGACUUGCCCCACAUAUGGUUUUCCAAAUGAUAGUGAAUUGAAUUGAACAGUAGAUGUUUAAUCUGUGUCUUGUUGGAAUUGAUCGUUGCCUAACCAUUCAGUGUUGUGCUUGAGUGCUGCCUGUAUAUGUUGACUGCUUCAUUUGCUGAGGAGUUGCAGCUGCACCUGAAUAUUCUGUAAUCAUGAGGAAACAUUUCCACUUACAACUUGAUAAUGGAAGGAAAGUGAUUUUUAAAGCAGCUAAAAAUGGUUGGGCUUGGAUGCUCUCCUAAGAAACUACUGCAGAGACAUCCUAAAGCUGGAAUCAUUUUGGUUUGACCUCAGCUAUUGGAAUGCUUCCUGGGGCUUCCUUAAUGCCACUGAUAGAUCUGCCCUGAUAUUGAGGCAAGCAUCCCCAUUUCACUGAAGAAAUUCAACUUUUGCUCUUUGUGGCAGGUUUGAUGAGUGAUGUUGGAUACUGAAAUGUACAAUCCAUUUGUAUCCUUCCUAAUUUUAAUGUUGCUUUAUUGAACAUGGAGGAGUGCUGAGGGAGAACAGUGGUUGGAAUCAUAACCCAUAUUUUCUGUCCUUGUUCUUUUAAUUCUAACCCAUUCUAAAUUGUUGUACUCUCCAGCCCCUAAUCACACUGUCCAUACCCAGUUCCAUUUCACUCUCUGAUCUCUCCCCAUACUAAAAUUAAACAAUGAGCUCUCACCACCUUCAUUCUCUGAAAUAUUCCACUCUUUAAAGAAAGCACCUUAAUCAUUUUCACAAGUUAUUAAUCAAUUAUUGCGCUGAAGCAGAUCUAUUUUUUAGCUACAAUUAUUUUUUCAAAAUUUGUUUGAUUAUUUUAAUUGUUUUUAAAUGUUCGGCUGAUGUUGGGAAACAAUCUAUUGCUCUUUACCCUGUUAAAAGCCUUUUGUAAUCUUGGGAUAUUGAACUGGAGAACUCGGAUCAGUUAAGUAGUAAAUUUAAACCCCUUUGCAGCCUGUCUGGCCAUUGCCCUGUCUAUCUGCAUGUUAUUUAUCAGUUCAGCCCAACACUGCUGUCUUUAAAAUUUGUCAUUUAAUACCUCAUCUAUUUGCCAUUUUGUUGGUAUGUUUUUUUUAUAAACAGUCUUACUAUUUAAAGUGUAUUUAUUUUCCCUAUUAUUUCUUAAUUUAACUGGACCUCUAUUCAGUCAUCACAAGUAUAGUCCUAGAGUCAUAGAGAAGUACAGCACAGAGACAGACCCUUCAACCCAUCUAAUUGAUGCUGAAACUAUUUAAACUGUCUACUCUCAGUGACCUGCACUGGACCAUAGCCCUUCAUACUCCCUACCAUCCAUGUACCUAUCCAAACUUCUCUUAAAUGUUGAAAUGGAGCUUGCGUACACAUUCUUUGUGCUGGCAGCUCAUUCUACGACCUCAUGACCCUCUGAGUAAAGAGGUUUCCCAUCAUGUUCUCCUUAAACUUUUCAUAUUUCACCCUUAACCCAUGACCUCUGGUCCCACCCAACAAAGAAUUCCAACAGAUCCUCUUGCAUCCUCUCAUCAGAAUACUGUCUUUUCCAUUAGAACGCCCCAAUUUUUGUCAUCUUCAACUCUGUUCUAGCGAUAUUAGGUCAUGUAGCAGGACAGCUCAGGAACAGGACCUUCGGCAACAUUGUUAUGCCAAACUAAUUCAGCUCAUAUCUCAAUCCCCCUUUGUCUGUGCAUGGCUUAUCUCUGUCCAUUCUCACAUAUUCACAAUAUAUAUGGAAUAUAUUAUUUCAUGAUUCAACACAGGCUUAUGAAGCAACAUAUUCAUAAUGGUCCUAAUGAGAGUAAUCUGCCUUUUUGUUGAUCUCCACAUGGUUCAUUCUCCUUAACUUUGUGUGGCACUGUUUUAGCUUUACAUUUUAUGUGAGAGGUCUGGCCAUCGAUGAUCAAUUUGCAUUUGUUAGAUUUCUUAUGUCAUAAUGUGUCAAUGUUUAAUUUUCAGCCAUUGUUGGAAGCUCCCCUGUUUUGUAUGAGUUGAUGAACUUGCCUCCCGCAAGAAGUUGUCAUGUAUUUUGCUGGUCCUCUGACAGAAAGUCCAUUUGCCCCUCCUAAUAGACUAGAUUGAUUUUCCAGUAGCUUAGUUGGUAAUCACAAUCUCAUUAUUGUAUGGUCCAGUAUUACCGAUGAGUGACAAAUUAAGACACAAAAGAAUUAAAGAAUGUAUCCAGAUGUUUGAGAUGCUGUCUGAUGGUGAAAUACUCCAACCACAGCAUUUGAUAUUUGAAGUGAUGGGAUAGAUGUAAUCGGUAUGAAAAUGAAAAUGCAUUGAACUUUGAAAUUCCAUGCAGAGUAAUUGCAUCAGUCACAUUGUCUCACUGUAGUUUGAAAGCUAUGAUUUAUUAUUUUUCCACCAAGCACUGUACUCCCAAAUCUUAACUGCCAAUCAUCUGCUAAUGAGAAUUGUUUCCUCCUCUUUACCCUUGCCUAAGAUAUGGUUUGAAACAGUACCCACGCAAUCCUGUAAAUAUGUAGAGGAAAUAUGUAUUUUCUAUUCCUAUAAGAUUGGUAUUCCUGGAAUCUGUCCUAUUGCAUAUCUGGUUGGUAAUAAUCUUCAGUAAUGGCAAAACUGACACUGCAGCACUACACCUUCUUACUUCACUGAUUUGAUUUUUAUUUAUUGAUGUCAACUGGAGAAUAACUAGCUCCAUUUUGCACCCUGCACAAUGGUUUACCACAGUUCAUUUUAAUUUUUGUAAAGCUGGAAAUUGACACUUGCCAAAAGCUAAUAUCAGAAUUUACACUGGCUAUUUAGACAUUGCACUUCAACUGAGGUUUACAUUCAAUAGACAUCUAAGUGCCUUAAACAUGAAAUAGGAAGACUGUUGAAGUGGGGUGAAUUUGGGCUACAAAUGAAUCAUUCCACAGGGGUGUAAUGAAUUUUCUGGCUAUCUGAGUUUCCAUAUGAUCCUUUCCAACCCAGAUAAGGGAGAAUUUAUUUCCUGUUGACUUUAGUACACCUUCCAUGAGCUGAAAACUUUUCAGUAGAUACCAUUCAUCUUUAAAUGCAACCUGAAUGCGAAUUUAAUCAUUAUUUUCUCUCCUUUCACAAUGCUUGCUGCAGCUUCUGAUAUCUUUUCUUGAAAAGAAUAGAUUUACAUAGUUUAUCUUGUUCUAUAGAGAUUUUGAUACCUCUGCUUCAAAUAUAUCCAGAGCUCUAAUAUAACUCCAAAAAAAAUGCAGUUCACAUCUCAAGGAAUAUUUGAGCUGUUGGAAUGGCAUGCAAGUUUAAUUGGUUCACUCAUGAUCAAUAGGCAAAGGCACUCCUUGGUUGGUCUAUAGCCCCAUAUUAUAGACUUUGACUUCUGUUUUUCUGCCUUCCGAAAUGGCUGAGUAAGUUACUAGGUUGUAUUAAAAUAUCAGAAAGAAAAUUGCAGUGGUUCAGAAUCAGGUCCGUGCUUUCCUGGCAGUUGGGAUGGGCAGUAUAUACUGGCCUUGACAACAGCACCCAUACUCAAGAAUGAAAGUCGACAAGAGAUGGCUUUGAGAUUUGGAAAGUCCAACUAGCGAUGAUGUGUUUGUAAGCUACAUUAUGUCCAUUCAUGUGUUGAUAUUAAACAUGCAAGUGGCCUUACCACAGCUGUGUACAGUUAAUUUAAAACUGCUCAUUGAUUAGAAAAUUAUGUUAAUAAAGUGUUGGUUUAAAUCUUAAGAGUUGGUGUGUAUGGCCUGGUUACACUUGAACCAAUAUUUGAAGCCACUAAUUUUCUCAUGGUGAAUUAUCUAUGGAGUAUUUGGAAACUUUCACCUUUGUUCCCAAGACUAUACUGUGUAGCAUCUGUAUUAGCUGUAGGUCACUCAGAGUUGGAAAAGCUUAAUUAAAAUCUCCAGCAUUUUUACUGUUAAGUAAUUGUUUAAUAGUGAUUCUGUUUGCAUGCAAUGAUGGAAUGCUGAAUCAAAUUAGGACUGAAAUUGUAAAAUGUUCACUGAUGUCAGAUAUUGAAGCUUUGAAACCUUGUUGAGAUAAAAUUGCCUUUGAUAUUCGAUACAAUGCACCAAAAAUGUUACAUUCCCACUUUUAUGUAUUUAGUAUUCUCAGUUGAAGUAUCAUCAUGUAACUUUUUUUGCCCACAACACUUGUCAAUGAAUGUUUUUAAUAAAAGUGUUUCUGCCUUA